UUUUUUUAAAGAAAAUCAAGAACAUUUUAUCGAAACCUACAGAAAUUGAUAGCAAUUCAAAUUAUAUGUUAAUUAUUAACAUUAGCAAAGGUGAUUGGUCGAUUGUCAGAAGUCCUCGCAUGGCAUUUAUUUCUAUGGUGUCCAGUUACAUUAAAUUGUGAGUCAACAGUUACUCAAAAAAAGUGCACAGUAAGUGCAUAUUUCACUUGCAAUAUUUCACCUUUUUAUUUUAUUUUGGUGAGUAAUUUUGGCACAAUAUGAUGAAACUUGUUUUGAAUCUGCUGCAAUUAACAAGGCGUGCAAUAGUUGUCUGGUUUUCCUAACGACGGUGACUGAUGUCACUGACAUUAAAAUUAAGAAAAAUGAUAACAGGACCAUGAUAAGGCUGUUCUGACUGAAAAAAGUGUUGUGAUUUGUUCUUGUUCAAAGCACAGUUGUGCUUGUUUAACAAUAAGUGUGCUGUGUGUGUCCAUUCAAAAUCUGUCACUACAACAUUUCAUAAAAAUGUCGGAAGAUGGAUAUUCAGAUUCAUAUGAUGAACCAGCAAUGGACUUAGUUAUUGAAACCCUCACAGGAACAUCAUUUGAAAUGAAAGUUUGCCCUUCAGAUACCAUCUUGGACAUAAAGAACAAAAUACAAAGAGUUGAGGGAAUACCAGUACAUCAUCAGAACUUACUGUAUCGACUGAACGAAUUAAAAGAUCACAACCGAUUGUGUGACAUGGGCAUUCAGAGUGGAUCAGUUUUAAAACUGGUGCUGUCAAUGCGAGGUGGCCCCAUCUCAACUCGAAGACUGUCCAGUACUGACCAGCAUAUUUGGAAGAACCUUAAGGAACUGCUUGAAAAUACAAGGGAAGAAUUGGGUGACAAAUUAGGACCUGGAUCGAAAGUGUCUGUCCUGGUGUUCAAAGAUGGUGACAUAAUUAAUUUAAUCCGUGUUAUAGAAAAUGACGCAGACUCACUUUAUCCUCUGGGAGAAACGGUAUCAUCACGAGGCAAGCAGACUGUCCGGGAGGACACCCGCGCUUCCUUUUGCACUAAACUGAAAGAGAACGACGAAAUGCUGACCAAACUGACUGAAUUGAGGAAGAAAAUGUCCGAACUGACUCUCAAACGUAACUUACGACACAUGGGAUGCUCUAGUGACACAGCCUGUUGUCACGAGCUGGCAAAAACGCAAAACGAACACCAGGAGGCGACGACCUCCAAGCAGAAGGCUACUGCAUUGUCAUCUUCAUCUCCUAGUAGGAAAAAAGAUAAACAUGGGAAAAAGCAACGAGAUUCUCUGUAUGACAUAUCAUUUAAGCUUCUCGAAGAUUUCGAUAAAAAUAAUGAAGACAGUGAAAGCCCUGGUGCCGGUAGCGAAACAGACCUAGUUCGGGAAAAUUUACAGACCGACGAGGACUCGAUUGCUCUGAAAGAAAAACAUCGGGGGAAUAAGAGCAAACAUAAUUUUUUAUAUACAAACUUGAGUGAAACGAGACUCAAGCCAGAUAAGGUGACAUCUUCUCCGUCGCCGGGUUUUCACUGCCGUAGAAAAUCGGAUGAUUCUACAAUCUUUGCUACAGAGAAUCGUGAAAAACCGAACUACAGCCAUCAUCAUCAUCACGCUCAGUGUUACAAGAAGGUAAAACUAAGUCCAAAAUCGACACGAAAAGAGGCGCCGAAUUUGGACGAAAAGGUGACAAUAUGGUCUCCAUUAUCACCUAUAAUAAGACGUGCGAGGUCCCAAGAACCUGAAGUACCAUGUCAAAUCGAUCUUGCAGCUGCAGCAGCAACAGCAACAUCAACGUCCCCCACGUCCUCCAUAGCUAUCCUAGAAGAGGAAGAAACUGAAAACGAUGACAAAGAGUUACUAUCUCCAAUCGGAUUCCCUUGUGUUGGUACAGUGUCCAUGUCUAAGGUCCCCGUCCAUCUCGUCUACCCCGACAGGAAAAAUGAAAAACUCGACAACUGUGAUAUCUAUCCCGAAGAGCCUAAAGAGACGACUUGCAGAAGCACAGCAAAUUGCAAAUUUGGUUUAGUUCGUAGACGCCAAAGUCUUGAUUGCACCUCCAGAAGCGCCAAUCAGCCCUCUGAACAAUCAAAAUCGAGCUUGUACAAACAGUCUUGGUUCGAAGAAGUCAGUGGUGACCUGUUCUUUCCUCAUUUCGUCCCCAUGGGUCCUAGUGCUAUUCCUAGCGAAUACACGCCUCGAGAAGAUCCUCUCGGGGACUUUUGUUUCGAUAAUUACUCGCGAUAUCUCAGGUCUCCCCUCUACAGACGCCAGUCACAAAUGUCAGAUGAAAGCAGCACCUCCUCAAGAGGUGGUGGAGGGGGAGGCGGUGUAAAACCGAGAAAUUUGAGACAUUUCUCUUGGAAUGCCGAACUGCCGACUGAAAAGGAGGAGAAAUUGGAAAAUGGGGAGGAGGGCGGGAAAGAAGACAGGGAAUACGUGAAAAAGGAAGUGCUAAAGUUACCUGCGGUCGUUGCGAAAAAGAAAAUCCGGUGCGGACUAUGUAACAAAAGACUGAAUAUCACGAAUGUGUACGACUGUAGGUGCGGGGGCGUGUUCUGUUCGCAACAUCGGUACUCGGAGGUGCAUGGGUGCAAGUUCGACUACAAAACGGAAGGUCACAAAAUGCUGCAGAAACAGAAUCCGCUUGUUAUCGCGGAAAAGCUGCAAAAGUUUUAACUUUUUUACGAUAACUUUAAUAAAACCCAACAAACAUACAAACAAGAUACUUAUAUUAAUCGGAAAGAGGAAAAAAAGGAGAAAAAUUUGAAAAUUACUAGGACGGAGGGAGGGGCUUGAGAACAUUACACUACCGACUGCCGCUACUGUUGCAUCAUAUUCCCGUUGUCUUACUACCAUUAUUAUUAUUAUUAUAUUAUUAUUAUUAAUAUUACUAUUGCGUGUGUAAAUUUCAGUGAUUGUGAUUUUUUUUUCUUUGGUUAUUACUUUAUUUUUUUUUUCUUAUGUGCACACUGGCGUCCCAAAAUCUAAUAAACCUGUUGUAAAAUUGCCCCUUGUUGAUGAUGAUGAAUAACAGUUGUUGGAGAUUAUUCGACCCGAAAGUUGCAAAAAGUGGCAGGGAAGAAGGAAAAUUCAUAAUUACUGGAGUUUCUUUGUAUUUGAAUGUUGAAACCUUUUUUUAAACUUUUAUAUGUAUAAUUAAAAUAGAAACGUUCUACCAGCCAGCCAGCCAGACAGACAGACAGACGAAAGCAUACUUUAAAAAAUACCUUUUGCAUUUUUUCAAAAGUUUUAAAUAACGAAUUUACAAAUAAUAUCUGCUAUCUUACAUUUUUUAAUGAGUAAUUUUAUUUUAUUUAUGUAUAUCUAGUCUUCAAAAUACUUGUAGCAAUGCAAUGUAAUCAAAAUGCUUUUUUUUAAUAUAAGCUAACUUAUUUUAAUUAAUUAAUUAAGUAUAUUACGGAAUACAAUAAUAAAGACUGACUGAAUAAUAUACAAAAAAAAAAAACAAAAAAAUGCUAAAAUAAUCUAUCAAAAUUACCUAACGAAAUACAACCACUUUUUGUACACUUAAUGGGUCAUAGAAGUUGUAUUUAUAAGUUGUUAUUUAUUUUGUAGCGAAAGGAAUUGUUUUAGAGGUGAAGAUUCCUUAUUGGACCGCUUUACUUAUAUUAAAAACAAAAAUAUCGUAUAAUUCAUAUAUACAGGGUGUCACACUUUUCCAGCAUACGAUUUAUUUUUAUCGUCCGCACAUAUUAUUAUAACAUUGUGUAUCGUUUUAAGUAAUAGAUAGAUAUAACUAUUAUUAACUUUUCAGGUAGAAAACGUCUUUUUUUAAUCAAUUAACCCCGAAGAAAAUAAUGGCGCGUAAGUCACCCUGUAUUUAUUACAACACGAUCUUGAAUUACCAUAUUUUAUAUGUAAAUAUUUCUAUACUCCUUAUAUAUUAUAUGUUAUUUUAUGCUCUUGUAUACAUGUAACGCUGCAUAUUCUGCUGAAUGUUCCUUUUUUCGAAUCUUACCGUCCUUAUUAAGAAAAUGAUGAAAAAAAAAUCGAC